UAAAUAACCCAAACUUCUCUUCCGUUUCUCGCGCUGUUCUUUCCUCCUCCUCCUCCUCCUGCCUUGCUUUAGAACCAGUCUUCAGAGCUCUCCGGUUCUACCUCCGCAAAGUAAAAUGGCGUCCCACAUUGUUGGAUAUCCCCGCAUGGGUCCGAAGAGAGAGCUCAAGUUCGCUUUGGAAUCCUUCUGGGAUGGGAAGAGCAGCGCCGAGGAUCUGCAAAAGGUGGCUGCUGAUCUGAGAUCAUCCAUCUGGAAACAGAUGGAUAGUGUUGGUAUCAAGUAUAUCCCCAGCAACACCUUCUCUUACUAUGAUCAAGUACUCGACACCACGGCAAUGCUUGGGGCUGUUCCUGAGAGAUACAACUGGGCUGGCGGUGAGAUUGGCUUCGGCACCUACUUCUCCAUGGCCAGGGGGAAUGCUUCUGUACCUGCUAUGGAAAUGACCAAGUGGUUUGACACCAACUACCAUUUCAUUGUCCCCGAAUUGGGACCUAACACAAAAUUCUCUUACGCUUCUCACAAGGCAGUGAAUGAAUACAAAGAGGCUAAAGAGCUUGGAAUCGAUACAGUUCCAGUCAUUGUCGGUCCUGUCUCCUACCUGUUGCUAUCUAAACCGGCAAAGGGUGUUGAGAAGUCUUUCCCUCUUCUCUCUCUUCUUGAAAAGAUUCUUCCUGUCUACAAGGAAGUGGCGGCUGAACUUAAGGCAGCUGGUGCUUCCUGGAUUCAAUUCGAUGAGCCAACCCUUGUCUUGGAUCUUGAGCAUCACCAAUUGGAGGCAUUUACUAAAGCCUAUGCAGAGCUAGAAUCAUCUCUCUCUGGCCUGAAUGUUCUCAUUGAGACAUACUUUGCUGAUAUUCCUGCUGCAGCAUACAAGACUCUCACUUCUUUGAAGGGUGUUACUGGGUUUGGGUUUGACUUUGUUCGUGGACCUCAGACUCUUGAUCUUAUCAAGGGUGAAUUUCCUUCAGGCAAAUAUCUCUUUGCUGGAGUGGUUGAUGGAAGGAACAUUUGGGCUAAUGAUCUUGCUUCUUCUCUCAGUACCUUGGAGGCUCUUGAGGGCAUUGUGGGUAAAGAAAAACUUGUUGUCUCUACUUCCUGCUCACUUCUCCACACUGCUGUUGACCUUGUAAACGAAACUAAGUUGGACAAGGAAAUCAAAUCAUGGCUGGCAUUCGCUGCACAGAAAGUUGUUGAAGUGAAUGCUUUGGCCAAGGCAUUGGCUGGUCAGAAGGAUGAGUCAAUCUUCUCCGAGAAUGCUGCUGCUCAGGCUUCAAGAAAAUCUUCUCCAAGGGUGACCAAUGAGGCUGUGCAGAAAGCUGCUGCUGCUUUGAAGGGUUCUGACCACCGCCGAGCCACAAAUGUUAGUGCUAGAUUGGAUGCUCAGCAGAAGAAGCUUAACCUUCCAGUUCUCCCAACAACUACCAUUGGGUCCUUCCCCCAGACAUUGGAGCUGAGAAGAGUCCGCCGUGAAUACAAGGCUAACAAGAUCUCAGAGGAUGAUUACAUUAAGGCCAUCAAGGAGGAAAUCAGCAAAGUUGUCAAGCUCCAAGAAGAGCUUGACAUUGAUGUCCUGGUCCAUGGAGAGCCAGAGAGGAACGACAUGGUCGAGUAUUUCGGUGAGCAGUUGUCUGGUUUUGCCUUUACUGUUAAUGGGUGGGUGCAAUCUUAUGGGUCACGGUGCGUCAAGCCACCUAUCAUCUAUGGUGAUGUGAGCCGCCCCAAGGCCAUGACUGUGUUCUGGUCCUCAUUGGCUCAGAGCAUGACUGCCCGCCCCAUGAAGGGAAUGCUUACAGGUCCUGUUACCAUUCUCAACUGGUCCUUUGUCAGAAACGAUCAGCCCAGAUUCGAGACUUGCUACCAAAUUGCUUUGGCCAUCAAGGACGAAGUUGAGGAUCUUGAGAAGGCCGGCAUUAAUGUCAUCCAAAUUGAUGAGGCUGCUUUGAGAGAAGGUCUGCCUCUCAGGAAGUCUGAACAAUCUUUCUACUUGGAAUGGGCUGUGCACUCCUUCAGAAUCACUAACUGCGGUGUCCAGGACACAACCCAGAUUCACACCCACAUGUGCUACUCCAACUUCAAUGACAUCAUCCACUCUAUCAUUGACAUGGAUGCCGAUGUGAUCACCAUCGAGAACUCGCGAUCCGACGAGAAGCUCCUCUCAGUCUUCCGCGAGGGUGUUAAGUAUGGUGCUGGCAUUGGCCCUGGUGUCUAUGACAUCCACUCACCUAGGAUCCCAUCCACAGAAGAGAUUGCAGACCGCAUCAACAAGAUGCUUGCUGUGCUUGAGACCAACAUCCUCUGGGUCAACCCAGACUGUGGGCUCAAGACCCGCAAGUACUCUGAAGUCAAGCCUGCCCUGAGCAACAUGGUUGCUGCUGCCAAGCUCCUCCGAACUGAGUUGGCUAGUGCCAAGUGAAAGGAAGGUUAUCUGUGUGGGUGGGCAUAUGGCCAGUCAAAGGAUUCAUAUUAAAGAGGGAAAUUCUCUAUUACUGUUCUAAUAAUCGUGAGCUUUGUGAUGAUGAGUAUGACCUGGGAAUGCUGUUUGUUUCUUUUCUGUAUUAGGCUUUUUCUCUUUGGGUUCUGAGGUGUUAUUUUUUUUUUUCCUUUUCUCUACUCAAUUGAUGGGCAAUUACUUGUCAAAAAAAAAAAAAAAAAGAAACAAUUGAAAGGCCAUUGGUCCCCCGUUCUGUAUCGUAGUUACUUUCAUGAAUGGAAAUUUAAACCUAUAGUUCUUCAGUUCUAA